GUAAGAGAUGCCCUUCAACAACUGAAUGAUACGUCGUGGGUUCUAGGCGGUAGAAUGAUAUUGUCGCGCCACAAUGCUACGGAUCCAGAUGUCCCGUGUUGGAGUGAUGGCAGCGGAAACUUCUUCAAGAUCAACGAGGUAUAUUCUGAGCAUGAUCAUGAGCCAGGCUUCAAGACUCCUAGAGAUGAAGAUACGGUACCACUAGUUCAUCAUGCCGGCGAUGUUCAUGCAGUGUGGAAGGUUGGGACGGCAUAUCUGAAAGUUAUGAUUCCAGCAACUCCCCUCAUAACUCGUGAGCAUAUAACAUUGCAGGCACUCCAGCAACGGAGGUGCCCCAUUGAAGUGCCUCGCGUCAUCUACCAUGGGGAAUGGGAUGGGAGAUACUACCUCAUCAUAACUGAGGUACCGGGUAUCACUCUAGACCGAGCCUGGCCAAGCAUGGGUGUGAUAGCUCGUGACGAUUGUGUCGCGAAAGUCACCAAACUCUGUAAGGAUCUUGCGGCGCUGAUGGGCUCCAGCGCACGGAUUGCUGGAAUCGAUGGCUCACACCUCGCGGAGUACUUUUUGGGUACGAGAUCUGGAAAAGAGUGGAACUUCGAUCCUGAAAUCAUGAAGCAGCGCUCAAUUGACCGUGGGAUGGACUGCUCCGCCUUGACUUUCUAUCAUUGCGACCUAGGCCCUAACAACAUCCUAAUACGAACCGGGCCCACAGGUGUGUCGAUUGGUGUCAUCGAUUGGGAGUGCGCCGGGUUCGUUCCAGCGAGCUGGAUACGGACGAAAUUCAUUUUGGCUGGAGGCAUGGACUUUGAGAUACCAGGGGGGUCCAAAGAAGCCCGUCAGGAAUGGAGGAUUCGAAUGGAGGAGGCCCUUGGGCAAGAUGGCUUCAAGGAGUCUCUCAAAAGCUGGCAGGCAUGGUCAUCCAGU